AUGCCUCCCAAGAACUUCAAGGAUUUGAAUGAUUUUCUAAAUGAUCAACCCCAAGACCCAAAUUUGGUAGCAUCUCCAUUCGGGGGUUACUUUAAAAACAAUAAUACCAAUAACUACCAAAAACAGCGUACGGUCAAUCAAGGACAACAGUACCGCAGUUCAGGAUCAAACUUCAACAGUAAACAGAACUACAAUUACGGCAGUAAUUAUGGCCAAGGAUACAACUAUCAACAGUCGUCUGUCACCCCAGAUCACAGUAAUACACCAACGCCUUCUAAUUCAACAACGUCAUUGACUUCUCUAAAUGAGAAUAUGUCGAACUUGCAGCUGUCACCUAUUUCCUCGAUACUUUCUCAGAUUCCUCAAUGCCAAACAAUCACGGAUUGCAAAAAACAAUUGGAUCUUGCCAUUGAAGAAUUUGCGAAAACAGACUAUUCUGCUAUUAAUAUUGAAUCUUGGAAACUGCUGGAUAUUAUAGCCAAAUUCACCAAGCCAAAAAACCCACCAUUGGUAAGGGAGUCUGCCAUGUUAUUGAUUUCCAAAUUAGGCCAAACUUUCACGCAAAAGUAUCCAGAGGAAGCCUAUUUAUUGCCUCUUUUCGAUAGUGCACUAGAUUCAACUGCUGAUAAGGAAAAUACUGUUAAACGUGCUGCACAGCAUGCUAUCGAUUCGCUAAUCAAUUGUUUCCCAAUCGAGUCUUUGACAAGUGCUGUUUUACCAGUUAUUCUAAAAUAUUUAGCAUCGGGUGCCAAGUGGCAAUCUAAAUUACAGGCGUUGGCCGUCGUCGAUAGAAUAAGAGAGGACUCUCCUAAUGACUUGUUAGAAUUGACCUUCAAGGAUACUGUUCCAGUUUUGACGGAUGUCGCAACUGAUUUCAAACCAGAAUUAGCUAAGCAAGGCCACCAAGCAUUGCUAAGCUACGUGUCGAUUCUCGAUAAUCUUGAUUUAUCUCCUAGAUUUAAGUUGAUUGUGGACACUUUACAAGAUCCAGCAAAGGUGCCUCAAUCAGUUAAGGCCUUAUCCGGUGUCACUUUUGUUGCGGAGGUGACUGAGCCAGCUUUGUCGUUGUUGGUUCCAAUUUUGAAUAGAUCUUUGAAUCUUUCAUCUUCUUCUCAAGAACAACUGAGACAAACUGUUAUUGUUGUCGAGAAUUUAACCAGAUUAGUAAACAACAGAAUAGAAAUUGAAAGUUUUAUUCCUCAGUUAUUACCAGGGAUCCAAAAGGUCGUUGAUACGGCCUCUUUACCUGAAGUUCGUGAACUAGCAGAAAAAGCAUUGAAAGUGUUGAAAGAAGAUGACGAGCCUGCCCCUGCUGGUCAAUUCUCUGGCAGAUUAACCAUUGAAGAGGGCAGAGAGUUUUUAGUCAAACGUUUAGCUAAGUUGCCCGAAGAUGACUUAAAAUUCCAAUUAAAUGAUGAUAUAAUUAUCAAUUAUUUCAGUAAGUUAUUGACAGUGGAUGCUAAUGUGAACGACUGGAAAAGGCUGCAGAGUUAUAUGAUUGAAGUAUUGGGUGAAGACCACGAGGAAUUUGUCGAGAAGGAAUUCAUCAAUGAUCUCAGAGCCAUCUUCCAUCAGGAAAAAGUGUCAUAUGAUGAAAGCGAAGGUGUCGAAAUUGUCAACACCGAUUUUUCAUUAGCGUAUGGUUCAAGAAUGUUAUUGAACAAAACUACGCUACGUUUAUUGAAGGGUCAUCGUUAUGGUUUGUGUGGCAGAAAUGGUGCUGGUAAAUCGACACUGAUGAGAUCGAUUGCCAAUGGUCAAUUGGAAGGAUUUCCAGAUAAGAACACCUUGCGUACCUGUUUUGUUGAACACAAAUUACAAGGCGAAGAAGGAGACCUAGAUUUAGUGAGUUUCAUUGCAUUGGACGAACAGUUGCAAGGAACUUCACGCGAAGAAAUUUCUAAGGCAUUGAAAUCUGUUGGCUUCGAUGAAGAAAGAAGAAAUCAAACCGUCGGUUCUUUGUCUGGUGGUUGGAAAAUGAAAUUGGAAUUGGCCAGAGCAAUGUUGCAAAAGGCUGACAUACUGUUACUGGAUGAGCCUACGAAUCAUUUAGAUGUUGCAAAUGUCAAAUGGUUAGAAGACUAUCUUCUGGAAAACACAAACAUUACAUCCUUGAUUGUUUCCCACGACUCCGGAUUCCUAGACGCUGUUUGUACUGACAUUAUUCACUAUGAGAAUAAGAAAUUGAAAUACUACAAGGGUAAUUUAGAAAAGUUUGUUGAACAAAAGCCGGAAGCAAAAGCAUACUAUACUCUCAGUGAUUCUAAUGCUCAAAUGCGUUUCCCACCGCCAGGUAUCCUAACAGGUGUUAAGUCAAAUACGAGGGCUGUUGCCAAAGUCAGCAAUGUUACUUUUUCAUAUCCUGGAGCUGCGAAACCAUCCUUGGUGGGGGCUACGUGCGCUCUUUCUCUGUCCUCUCGUGUCGCAGUUUUGGGUCCAAAUGGUGCUGGUAAGUCCACUUUAAUCAAGCUUUUGACCGGUGAACUAGUUCCUCAAGAAGGUGAAGUUCAAAAGCAUCCAAAUUUGCGUAUUGGUUAUAUUGCUCAACAUGCUCUGCAGCAUGUUAAUGAACAUAAAGAAAAGACUGCAAACCAAUACUUACAAUGGCGUUAUCAAUUUGGUGAUGACCGUGAAGUUUUAUUAAAGGAAUCGAGAAAAAUCUCCGAAGACGAAAAGGAGAUGAUGGCCAAAGAAAUUGAUAUUGGCGAUGGAAGAGGUAAGAGAGCGAUUGAAGCUAUUGUCGGUAGACAAAAAUUGAAAAGAUCUUUCCAGUACGAAGUAAAAUGGAAAUGGUGGAAACCCAAAUACAACUCGUGGGUUCCAAAAGAUACUUUGGUUGCAGAAGGUUUCGAGAAAUUGGUUCAAAAGUUCGAUGACCAUGAAGCAUCCAGAGAAGGUUUAGGCUAUCGUCAACUGAUCCCAUCUGUUAUUUCCAAACAUUUCGACGAUGUCGGUUUAGAUGCAGAGAUUGCUAAUCACACUCCAUUGGGUUCCUUGUCGGGUGGUCAACUUGUCAAGGUUGUUAUUGCAGGUGCCAUGUGGAACAAUCCUCAUUUACUAGUUUUAGAUGAACCUACCAAUUAUUUGGAUAGAGACUCUCUUGGAGCACUAGCAGUGGCAAUUCGUGACUGGAGUGGUGGUGUUGUCAUGAUUUCGCACAACAAUGAAUUUGUCGGAGCUCUAUGUCCAGAACAAUGGAUAGUUGAGAAUGGUCAAUUAACCCAGAAGGGUCUCAAACAAAUCGACCAAUCAAGGUUCGAAGACGGUGGAAACACUGAUGCUGUUGGCCUGAAGAAUGCUAAAGCACCAAGCCCUUCUGUUGUUGACGAUGACUCUCCGGCUAAUAUCAAAGUCAAGAAAAGAGUGAAGAGAUUGACAAGAAACGAAAAGAAGGCUCAAGCAGAGCGCAGGCGUCUGCGUUAUAUUGAAUGGCUUUCCUCUCCAAAAGGUACUCCAAAGCCUGUUAACACCGACGAUGAAGAUGAAGGUGAUGAAGACUAA